AUGAAUCCUUGUUCCAUUCAAAAACAUCACGCCUCCUCCUCCUCUCUUCUCUCCCCUCUCCCCUCUCGCUGAGCCACGAAACCACCAACCAGCAGCCUAGCCGCGGCAGCAACCGGUCACCCACACCACCACCGGUCUUCCCUCUCUCCUCCCUGUGACGCAGCUGCUUCUUUCCCCUUCAAACAGCCACGACAGCAGCAGCCUAGGGUACUGCAUUUGCUGCGCGUGCCGCCAGCCACGGUGGCCAGUUUUGGGGUCCUCUCUCCAACCGGUUUGGUCCCGUGCCACCACUACCACAACCUUAACUUACCUCAUUCCCCUUUUUGCUAGUUUUAACUUUGUUUCCAGUUCAUAAGAGGAAAGUAGAACCUUAGUUGGGUGAAUUAACUUUUGGUCGUACAGUGACGCUUACAGUUUUGUUUUACAGACUACUGGAUAUUGCCGCGUUGCUGUUGCCAAAAAUAUGCUUUCGUUUGAGAUUCGUGGGGAUAUAAAUUACUGGCUUUCUAUUGCCUAAAAUUCUGGACUAUAUCAGGCUAGAGCUUUGAGGUUUUGCUAUUCAUCGGCCUGUUUAUUACUUGGGACAUUGCCUGAAAUACAUUUGAAUGGCUUGGAGGGUUUCUACCAGAAAGGUAGCUCAUAUUGUGAGUUUAGCAAAUGGUUUGGCGGUUCAUGUCCCAAGUGGUGCGUUGGUUUCAAAAUCUUAUUCAAAAGAUAUCAUUCAGUCGAUCAUAGAAUCAAAAACAUUGAUGCCAGGAUCAUUAGUCAAGCUGCAGUUUCUCUGUGCUCUCAAUCACAAAGCUUUGACCAGAAUGCCACUAAUGCGAUAUUUUCAUGCGAGCCUUGGAUCAUUAGCGAAAAGAAAUGUUGGGUUUGCUUUGAAGACCCCCCGGAGGACGAAAAACUAUGUGAAAAAAGAUAGGACACAGCCUCCUACUGAAGUUCGUUAUGUGCCUCCUGUAAUGAAAAAAACCAAGCAAGUGCCAGCUAAAACAAUUGAUAUUUUUGAAGGCAUGACUGUUGCUGAGCUUUCCAAGCGCACUGGAAAAUCGAUAACUGAUCUUCAGGGUAUCCUUAUAAAUGUUGGAGAAAAGGCGUACUCGAUGUUUGACACCCUUAGCAUUGAUGUCGCAGAACUGGUUGCAAUGGAAGUUGGUGUUAAUGUGAAGAGGCUACACGCCAGUGAAGGUUCAAAAAUAUUGCCAAGGCCCCCCGUUGUUACAGUAAUGGGUCAUGUUGAUCAUGGUAAAACUUCCCUGUUGGAUGCAUUACGCCAAACGUCUUUGGCAUCAAAAGAAGCUGGUGGUAUAACACAACAUUUAGGUGCCUUUGUUGUGAGCAUGCAGUCAGGGGCAUCCAUCACAUUUCUUGAUACACCUGGCCAUGCAGCUUUUACUGCUAUGCGAGCUAGAGGUGCUGCAGUCACUGAUAUAGUUGUCUUGGUGGUAGCUGCUGAUGAUGGGGUGAUGCCACAAACGUUAGAAGCCAUGUCACACGCUAAAUCUGCAAAUGUUCCGAUUGUUGUUGCUAUAAAUAAAUGUGACAAGCCUGGUGCGAACCCAGACAGAGUUAAAGUUCAGCUUGCCUCAGAGGGUUUGGCUCUAGAAGAGAUGGGUGGGGAUAUUCAGGUGGUUGAAGUAUCGGCGGCUAAAAAGACUGGCUUGGACAGUUUAGAGGAAGCUUUACUUCUACAAGCUGAGAUUAUGGAGCUUAAAGCGCGCAUUGAUGGUCCUGCUCAAGCUUAUGUGGUGGAAGCUAGACUUGAUAAAGGACGUGGUCCACUGGCCACUGCUAUAGUCAAGGCAGGGACAUUAGUUUGUGGUAAGCAUGUAGUUGUGGGUGCUGAGUGGGGUCGUAUAAGAGCUAUCAGGGAUACGAUGGGUAAUUUAUGUGAGAAAGCAAAGCCUGCAAUGCCAGUUGAGAUUGAAGGACUAAAGGGUCUUCCAAUGGCUGGUGAUGAUAUUGUCGUUGUGGAGUCUGAGGAAAGAGCGAGGAUGCUUAGCUUUGGAAGAAAGAAAAAGCUGGAGACAGAUCGGCUUCUGAAAAUUGAACAAGAGCGGACGAAAACUGUAUCUCCCACAGAAGAGGCUACUGAAAAUGUUGAAUUGCCUAUCAUUGUAAAAGCUGAUGUCCAGGGUACUGUUCAGGCUGUCACAGAUUCUUUGAGAAGUUUGACUUGCUCUCAGGUAUCUGUGAAUGUAGUUCAUGUUGGAGUUGGUCCUAUUUCUGAAUCAGACUUGGCCUUGGCUAAAGCUUGUAAAGCUUGCAUUGUUGGGUUCAAUAUCCGUAGUCCUUCUAAUUCUGUCAUUCAAGAAGCUGAACGAGAUAGUAUAAAGAUAAUAUUGCAUCGUGUGAUCUACCACCUCUUGAAGGACAUCGGUGAAUUGAUUGUAGAAAAGGCCCCGGGAACAUUGGAAACAAGGGUGGCAGGGGAAGCACAGGUGCUUGGUAUAUUCGAGAUCAAAGGUAGAAGCAAGUCUAAAGGGCCUGAUGUUAAGAUUGCAGGUUGCAAGGUUGUAACGGGUCACGUAUCCAAGACUUCAUUGAUGAAGGUUUUGAGAAGCGGAGAAGUCGUUUUUGAAGGCGUUUGUUCCUCUCUCAAGCAGGAACAACAAGAUGUAGAAAUGGUUUCUAAGGGGAAAGAAUGUGGCCUUGUGAUUCAAGAUUGUCUAGAUUUUCAGAUCGGCGACGUAAUCCAAUGCUGGGAGGAAAACCGAAGGAAGCCCAAGUUUAUCUCAUCAGACAAUGGCGUUGUUAGGAUCGAGUGUUGAAGGUCAGUGCAGUCCCCUUAAAUUUUUUCCUAGACUAGAUUACAAAAAUAAUUGACAGGUUUUCACAAACAAUGUUGUUUCCUGUGCCAAUGAGCUAGUUCUUUUGUAUUGGUUUAGUAGAUCAAAUUGUUAUGGAUUAUUAUGAGUUUUGACCUCAAUAUAUCCUUAAAUGUAUGGAUAAUGUCCAUUGAAUCAAACUGUAUAUAGGCAAAAUAUGGGUAUGCUAAACAGGGGAAGGGUUUUCAGGUUACUCCCUUAUAAUUAAUGAUUAUUUAUUAA